UUAACCCUUUACUUUUUUACUUUUACAGGUGAGCGAGUGCUGUGCUUUCAUGGGCCUCUUCUCUAUGAAGCAAAGUGUGUAAAGGUUGCCAUAAAGGACAAACAAGUGAAGUACUUUAUUCAUUACAGUGGUUGGAAUAAAAAAAGUGCUGUGAGGCCAAGGCGCUCUGAAAAAACUUUGAAGACACGUGAGGAUAUUGUAGCCCUUUUUCCUGUUCCUGAAGGAGCUCCCUCAGUACACCACCCCCUCCUGACCUCUAGUUGGGAUGAAUGGGUUCCAGAAAGCAGAGUACUCAAGUACGUGGACACCAAUCUGCAGAAGCAGCGGGAACUUCAAAAAGCCAAUCAGGAGCAGUAUGCAGAGGGGAAGAUGAGAGGGGCUGCCCCAGGAAAGAAGACAUCUGGUCUGCAACAGAAAAAUGUUGAAGUGAAAACAAAAAAGAACAAGCAGAAAACACCUGGAAAUGGAGAUGGUGGCAGUACCAGUGAGACUCCCCAGCCUCCUCGAAAGAAAAGAGCCCGGGUGGAUCCGACUGUUGAGAAUGUGAGUUUGUCCUUAGGUUUACGAAUAGGAUGUGCAGUCUCAGUCAUGUUCAGCACAAUAAAACAGUCCCAGAAACACUGCUACCUCUUUUAUCUUCCUGCCAAGAAGAACGUGGAUUCCAUUCUGGAGGAUUAUGCAAAUUACAAGAAAUCUCGAGGAAACACAGAUAAUAAGGAGUACGCUGUUAAUGAAGUCGUGGCAGGGAUUAAGGAGUACUUCAAUGUGAUGCUGGGCACUCAGCUGCUCUACAAAUUUGAGAGGCCUCAGUAUGCCGAAAUCCUCGCAGACCACCCGGAUGCACCCAUGUCCCAGGUGUACGGAGCGCCACAUCUACUGAGAUUAUUUGUACGAAUUGGAGCGAUGUUGGCCUAUACGCCUCUGGAUGAGAAGAGCCUUGCUUUAUUACUGAAUUAUCUUCAUGAUUUCCUAAAAUACCUGGCAAAGAAUUCUGCAACUUUGUUUAGUGCCAGCGACUAUGAAGUGGCCCCUCCUGAGUACCACCGGAAAGCUGUGUGAGGCGCUUCCCUACCCUUGUGUUUGGAUCUCUGUACACAUUCUGUUCUUAGUCCUUCUCUUGUACAAAUGAUGUACUUUGAAAAUGUUAGUGUAUAACAGAAUCGAUGUUUGUUUUCCGUUUGGUUUUAAACAGAGAAAAUAAAAGGGGUUACAGCUCCUUUUUCCUUUCCUUUAUUUUUCAUUUCAAAGUUGCUGCCAGUGUAUUCAGUGAUGGACAACAGAGAGACAUACUGUAGAGUGUCCUAUUGCCUAGUUGACAAAGCUGCUUUUGAAUGCUGGUGGUUCUAUUCCUUUGACACUACGCACUUUUAUAAUACGUGUUAAUGCUAUAUGACAAAAUGCUCUGAUUCCUAGUGCCAAAGGUUCAAUUCAGUGUAUAUAACUGAACACACAUCCAUUUGUGCUUUUUUUUUAAUGGUGCUUACAGUAAAGAGCCCAUCCUUUGCAAGUCAUCCAUGUUGUUCCUUAGGCAUUUUCUCUUUGCUCAGAUCGUUGAAGAGUGGUGGCUUGUUUCAUGGUUUUUGUAUUUGUGUCUAAUGCACGUUUUAACAUGAUAGAUGCAAUGCAUUGUGUAGCUGCAGUUUUCUGGAAAAGUCAAUCUUUUAGGAAUUGUUUUUCAGAUCUUCAAUAAAUUUUUUCUUUAAAUUUCAAA